UUCUGUACUUUUUUCUGCUCUUACCACUAUCCCGAACUCAUCUCUAACAAUGCCACUGCAAUUUACAAUUUAAAUUAAAAGCCAAGGACUUCAAUCAAUACCCUCCUGAGUCCAUCUCUUCCUGUGAAUGCUUGUUUGUCCCUUUGCAGUCACCACCAUUUUCCCUUCUAGCUAACCCCAGAGAUAGCUGAAGCCUUCUAUUUCUGGAAUAUGAGCCUGUGUUUCUAAUGUGUGGGCUAGAUGGUGUUGCAGACUGUCUCGUUUCUUGGUUUUGCUCUUCUACUUCGCAGAGGACAUUUAUGUAACCACUAGGCCAUGAACCCCUUACUGCUCUACUUAACUUCUUUUCUAGAGGCUGAAGAAAAUCACACUGACAAGAGAUAGUUCCUCUCUCUACUUCAGUAUGAGACAUCUCCUAGAUCUACUGUAUUGCUCUUCACCAAUUACAGAGGGAGUCUAGACAAGCAGAUCACCUAGGUGGGAAUUCCCCUGCUUACAUUAUCAAGGUUUAAAGGUGAAGUGGAAAUGAAACAGCAGCAUAAGAGGAAGCUGGGUAAAGAAUGAUCAACAAGAGAGAGAUGAAACACAACGUGGGUUAACUGGCAUGCAGGCACCAGGGCUGGAGCUGGCAUCUCUGGGGAUCUUUUCAGCAGAGAGGUGAAAUAAUGACUAAACACAGCUGGCAAGUGUGGGUCAUCUACAUGCUCUUAGCUGCAAACCUCACUGAACAGCAAGCGCUGAAGCAGGCUUGUCCUUCAUUCAAUGAUGCUCAGCUUUGCAACUGCUCUUCCAUGGGCUUGGACUUCAUUCCCCCAGGGCUCACCGCCAAAAUCACAAUGUUAAACCUGGCCCAAAACAGGAUAAAGCACAUCCAAUCCCAGGACCUGCAGCAGGCUGUGAACCUGAGAGCCCUGCUGCUGCAAUCCAACAAAAUCAGCUCCAUAGAUGAAGACUCGUUUCAGUUCCUGGUGAAACUGGAGCUCUUGGACUUAUCAAAUAACAGCUUGGCUCACUUGUCCCCUGUGUGGUUUGGGCACCUUUUCUCACUCCAGCACCUCCACCUUCAAGGCAAUUUCUACAGAGACCUGGGAGAAAGCUCUCCCUUUUCUAGUCUGAGGAACCUGAGCUCUCUCCGCCUGGGCAACCCACGGUUCUCUGUGAUAAGGCAAGGGAACUUUGAGGGCAUUGAGCUUCUCAACAAGUUGUGGAUUGAUGGUGGUAAUCUCAGUCAGUAUGAGCAGGGAAGUUUGAAAUUGAUUAAGAAGAUAAAUCACAUGGUCAUAAACCUAAGAAAUAGUGAUGUAUUCUCAGAAAUUGUUAGGGACCUUGUGCAUUCUGUGACUUGGCUAGAAGUGAGAAGAAUAGCAUUCAGUACCUCUGCUGAAAUGCAACUAUUGAGAGUCAUGUCUUCUUCUUUUGCAAAGAAAAUUUCUUUUAAACAGACCUUAUUAACAGAUGCUACUGUGCCUGAGAUUGUCAGCAUUUUAGAAGACAUGCCAAAAUUAGUGGAGGUGGAGCUAAUAGACUGUAGACUCUUGGGAACUGGACGAUGGGAAAUGCAGAUUCAAGCAAACCAAUCACAGACCCUUAGAGUUCUCACAAUACAGAAAUUAUCUAUAGAAGAAUUUUACUUGUUUACAGAUCUUCAGACUGUGCAAGAUCUACUAUUUCUUUUUACCAGGGUCACAGUUCGAAACACCAAAGUAUUUUUGGUCCCAUGCAGAAUUUCCCAACAUCUUCAGUCAUUAGAGUACCUUGACCUUAGUGCUAAUUUGCUUGGAGACCAGAGUUUAGAGCAUUCAGCCUGUCAGGGUGGUUGGCCAUCACUACAAACUCUAAAUUUAAGUCAGAAUUCACUGGGUGACUUAGAAAUGACUGGUAGAAGUUUGUCUCAUCUAAGAAACCUAAAUGUUUUAGACAUUAGCCAAAAUAAUUUUGGUGAGAUUCCAGAUGCAUGCGAAUGGCCAAAAAACCUGAAAUAUUUAAACCUCUCCAGCACUCAAAUUCCUGAAGUAACGACCUGCAUUCCCCCAACGCUGGAAGUUUUGGAUGUUAGUGCUAACAACCUGAAAGAGUUUGGACUGCAGCUCCCAUUUCUGAAAGAGCUGUACCUCACAAAAAACCAGCUGAAGACUCUGCCUGGUGCUACACCCAUUCCAAAUUUAGUGGUCAUGUCAGUCAGGAGAAACAAGCUCAACAGUUUCUCCAAGGAAGAGUUUGAGUCCUUCAAGAGAAUGGAGCUGCUGGAUGCCAGCGACAACAACUUCAUCUGCUCCUGUGAAUUCCUCUCCUUCAUCCACCACCAGGCUGGGAUAUCCCAGGUGCUGGUGGGGUGGCCAGACAAGUACGUCUGUGACUCUCCGCUGGCGGUGAGAGGGGCCCAGGUUGGAGCUGUACACCUCUCCCUGAUGGAGUGCCACAGGUCCCUCGUGGUGUCAUUGAUCUGCAUCCUGGUGUUCCUGGUCAUCCUCAUC